AUGGCUAGUGGCCUCACAAUCCAGAACACAGCAGGCCCUGAUGUCCACCAAGCAGUAGCCUUCAGAUCAGACAGUGAUCUCUCUGUAAUUGAGAACUGUGAAUUCUUAGGCAACCAGGACACUCUCUACGCACACAGCAACCGCCAGUUCUACAAGUCAUGCAACAUCCAAGGCAACGUCGAUUUCAUCUUCGGAAACUCAGCUGCGGUUUUCCAAGACUGCAACAUCCUCGUCCGCCCUCGACAACAGAAACCUGAGAAAGGCGAAAACAACGCAGUCACCGCCCACGGCAGAACAGACCCCGCACAGUUGACAGGUUUCGUAUUUCAGAACUGCUUGAUCAACGGAACGGAAGAGUACAUGAAGUUGUUUCGCAGCAAGCCCCAAGUGCACAAGAACUACUUGGGGAGGCCCUGGAAGGAGUAUUCGAGGACAGUUUAUAUAAACUGUAACAUGGAAGCUCUUAUUACCCCAGAGGGAUGGAUGCCUUGGAGUGGGGAUUUUGCUUUGAAAACCCUUUUCUAUGGGGAAGUUGGUAAUUCUGGAGCUGGCUCUGAUUUGUCCAAGAGAGUGUCAUUUAGCAGCAAGAUCCCAUCCGAACAUGUUAAUACAUACUCUGUGCAGAAUUUUAUUCAGGGAAACGAGUGGAUUUCAACAUGA